CCUGUCCCCGCCCCUGCCACAUUGACAAUAUAGGCCUGCACUGCCUGUGACUUUCAGGCUUUGGCUGCCGACCCCCACUGACCAUGCCAGCAGACCUGAGCGGCACCUGGAACCUUCUCAGCAGCGACAACUUCGAGGGCUACAUGCUGGCCUUGGGUAUUGACUUUGCAACUCGUAAGAUCGCCAAGUUGCUGAAGCCACAGAAAGUGAUAGAACAAAACGGGGACUCCUUUACCAUCCACACCAACAGCAGCCUAAGGAACUAUCUUGUUAAAUUCAGUGUUGGAGAAGAAUUUGAGGAAGAUAACAAAGGCCUGGAUAACAGGAAGUGCACGAGCUUGGUUACCUGGGAGAAUGACAAGCUCACUUGUGUACAGAAAGGCGAGAAGAAGAACAGAGGUUGGAGCCACUGGAUUGAAGGGGACCAGCUCCACCUGGAAAUGUUCUGUGAAGGCCAGGUGUGCAAACAGACGUUCCAGAGGGCCUGAUCCGCGCCUAGCAACAGAGCCUACCUGAGGCCACCGCUCAAUGCUGAAUUAGUCUGUGGAAGGAGCAGGUGUUUGUCUUGGUUUGAUGAAGGGUCUUGUAAUUAGAAAGAUGUCACACAGCCUGUACUAGAAAUUAUUUGAUUGCAAGACAAUUUCAGCCUCAAUAAAACUGUCCAAG